AAUAAUGGAAGAGAUACAACAAAAUAAUGGAAAGCGUGGAAAAUCAUUCACAAAUAACAAUGAUGUAACUUUAUGCAAAGCUUGGUUGGCAAUUACCCAAGAUUCUGUUGUUGGUAAUUUAUAAUCAUCGAACAAAUUUUGGGAUAGAGUAUUGGAUCACUAUACAAAAAAUGGUAAUGAUGGAAGUUUAAGGUCAAGAACUUCUAUUCAAUCUCGUUGGGGAACAAUAAUGAGAAGAACAAGUAUCACGGGUACCUUGCUCAAAUUGAAAAUCGAAGACAAAGUAGAAUGACUGAAACUGAUUUGGUUUUACAAGCCAAAUUGUUAUACAAUGAACUUGAGAAGAAAAGUUUUGCGUUGGAUCAUUAUUGGGAAAUCUUGCAAUUUGGAAUAAAAUGGCAAGAUUUAUGCUCAAAUAAAAAGAAAACUAGUACGGUGAAAACUGUCAACAAUUUUGAAGAUUCAUCAUCUCUCUUUGAUGAUUUGGAAUCACCUAUGUCUCAAGACUUAAAUGAUUCUCCAGUUCAAAUUGAUAUUACUGAGCCAACUAUCGAAAGGCCAAUCGGUAGAAAAGCUGAAAAGGAAUCUCGAAAGAGAAGUAGAAUGGCUGAUACUUUUAGCUCGCGCUUAUGUGAUUUAAUGUGUGAUUUCAAUAAGCAAACAAUUGAGGCUCAACAGCGAAAAGCUCUUGUUGAAGAAAGAAAAUUACGUGUGUUAGAAGAGGCGAACGACAGAGAGCGUAAAAAGGCAGAAUUAGAAUUGAAAAUAAUGAUGGAGAAACAUGAAAGCGAACAACAAGAAAAGGAUGACAAAAUUAUGAUGAUGAAUACUUCAAAUAUGGAUGAUCCAACAAGAGCCUACUAUAAGCGUCGUAAAGCUGAAAUUCUAGCUAAAACAAUACAUUCGCCUAGUUUUGAACCGGAAUUUUAUAUUCCGUUGCCGCCUUCUCCGUCACAAAGUUGAAUUUUUAACUGUUCAUUCUUUUUACAAGAACUAAUAUUGUGUUUGACAGAUUUGAGCUUCGUGUCCACAAGCGUGUUAUUGACCUCUUUAGUUCCCUUGAUGUGUCAAACGGAUUACCUCUAUCACUAGUUACUACUGAACUGGUGUUGAGGUUGAAGUUGCAAUUUCGAUUCAUAGAUAUGGUGCUUUUUUUUGUUGGGGAUUCAGUUUAUUUAGUUGUUUAGAAGACUUUAUACUUGUGUUAAGCAAUGUGAAAAUUUUGUUUUAUCUUUAAUUUAUAUUUAGUUUCAAAUUGUACUCUAUGUUUUUGCUUUCAUCUCAUACUU